UUAUUAAUAUGCCGUGCUUAGCAUAAAACUGCAUUGACCUUCACCGCAUUCAAUUUAACUAAAAAUUCAACCGAAAAUUGAUUAUUUGGGUCAGAGAUAUCACGCUUUUAUAUGAAAAGGUGUCACGAUCGAUUAGGAUUGUUGAUCGAUUCCCGCAUUGUUGGGUGUAAAACGAAAACAUCCCAGUUUCAGGUAAAUUCGUAGGAAAAUUCGCUGUAGUACGAUGUUCGCUUAUUAUUAUCCAACAUACUUGUGCAUGCCAGUUUAUUGGAUGCAACCGAUCUAUUGGAUGAAACCGCAAAGUUCUGCUCAAUCUAUGGAGAUUCCUUUGAAUCUUCGAAGAAAACUAGAACUGGGACGACCUGCUGAUUUUUCAUUUAAAAAGUUGACACACAUCAAAGCUAUAGGAUUAGAAGGUGCAAGGUACACCCGAAUAGGAGGUGUACCAGAACGAGGUCCAGAAAAGCGCUUUUUAACGAAAUCCUUAUGGUUAAACAACAAUAAACUAAAAAGUACCAAAAAUAUCGACGAACUGGUUAAUGAGGCACUGGAGUACCCUAAAGAGCUUGGCUGGCUCGACUUUUCCUUCAAUUACAUCACUGAGAUACAUGAAAGCCUGCUGCAGUUUCCCAAUUUAAAAAUUCUAUAUUUUCAUGGAAAUUGCAUUAAUGACUUAAAUGAAGUGUUUAAAUUAAGGCCUCUAAAGGAACUUAGAAGUGUAACUUUUCAUGGAAAUCCCAUCGCAAAUCAUCCGAGGUACAGGAAUUAUGUGGUUUCUGUGCUGCCCCAAAUUGUGAAUUUGGACUUUACGCCGAUCACGCAGACGGAGAAACAAUUUGCGAUGCCUCCGGAGGUGGUUAGAAAACUAAAAGAGGAGAAGUUGAAGGUGGAAGCAGCAAAGAAGAAACCGCCGGAGCAACCGGCGAAUAAAUAACAUGUCUGUUUUUUAAUUAUACUUUUGUAUAUUUAUUUCCAAGGUUUUAUUGCGGAAUAAAAAUCUGCCAUAGUU